UGCAGAAAAGAAAGGCAAUCCUCAAAGGGUGCAAGGACCACUUUGAGACGUAGAAGCGUUGUUGUUCUUCUCAGUAUUUGUUUGUGUUCCCGUGGGUAAAAAGUAACUACUACUACUACAUGGUCAAACUCAAGACAACCGGCAGGCUCGACGCAUCGGUCCGAUCUAGAUGAAGAGCUAGACGAAGUUUACUGCCCGGGCGAAGAGGCGCAGGGGAUCAUUCAAACCAGCCCCGUCGCUUCCAUCGGAAUGGAAUACUAAAUUAAAAACUUUUCGAAAGUGGGUGAAGAACUUUUCCCCUUGAAUUUUUUGCGCACUCUUUUUUCCCGCUAUGAAGGUAUGGAUGAAGAAUUGUUCUCCGCGAAAUCCGUGUUGAGCUUUCACCGGACAACGCCGAAGACUUCUACCCGGGACAGCCCAUGCCCGCUUGUUCAAGAGCCACGCAUACUUUCACACGUUUCUGGAUCGGAAUUAAACAUCUAACGCUGGGAAGCCGUCACUGGACGUGGUGUAGAACGAGCACCGCUGCACGCAUGACAGUGGUUUGAGUUGUACCGUUAUUUCGUCGCCAUAACAAUGGCAAAUUCUGAUUCGUUCGCACUAAGUAUCCACAGAUCCAUUUUGCCCAUUGGAUGUAUGUUUCUGGUGCUCGGCUAUCUCUCAGUGGCUUCGCCUACGCACGGUCGGCGGUUGAUAUGCUGGCAGGCGAUCAUGAACUGCCAAACCGAACCUGAGUGCCAUUACGCGUACGGCCAGUACAUACACGCAUGUGGCCCCGUGCUGAACGGCCAGAAGAAGAAGUGUCCCAGCCACUGCAUCGCCUCUCUGGUCCAGCUCAACCUCACCAAGAACGGCCCCGCGCUGGAGGAGUGCAGUUGUGCCGAGGAUCCUAUUUGUAUGAACACGAAAAGGUCGAUCGAGCCCUGCCUGCCGAGGACUAGCAACACGGGCUGCACGGAGGCCCGGUGGCAGUGCGAGAGGGACACGCAGUGCAGCUAUGAAAUGCACGAGUAUUUGAUCCACUGUGGGAAGCUUUUCAGCGGGGCAACUUGCACAAACGCGUGCAGAAAUGUCAUCGCCAACUUGCGCAAAAUACCCAAAGCGCUGCAGUUAGACACUUGUGUGUGCGACGGUACAGAGAGGGCCAUCUGUGAGUUUGUGAAAAGUAGCAUGCAGACCCUGUGUUUCGACGCACCCAUGCAGGUAGACGACGGUAGCGGAUCAGAUAACUAUGAUACAGAUGACGAGGAUUUCACUCAGGAACCCGAGUACGUGAAACGAGUCCCCAAACCCAAGUCUGCAGCCCACUGUGUAGUGGCCCACGGUGUUGUGACCCUGCUGGCAUCCAUUUUGGCUCUUUCGCCUCUCCUUUAAUCCCCGAGUUCAUAAUCGGACCCGACUAUUGUCCGGAUGAAAGGCAAUGUAAACUUUAGUCACUCAUUGACCUGGGACUAUUGUGUUGGGCCCGGUACCUUCACAGACCGGUGCGGCUGGGGCCACCAGGUCAAGACUUUAAUAUGGCCAUGGAUAUCAUGUCAUCAGAUGUUCUGUGUAAAUGAUUCACAGAAAAACAAACUGUAUUCCUCCCAUCUGCCUUUGCUACAGGUUGUCUAUGGAACAAAGUCCUACUCCAUUAGGACUGUGUUGUGUUUUUUGCUUAUUUGAUAAGCAGAUCUGUGUUGCAUCAAAGCCUUGUGAUAUUAUAACAAUAGGACACAGUCAGCCUUUUCAACAACGAGACAUCUAAUCGUAUAGGCUAUGCACUGCCAAUCUUUUUUUUAUAACGGCAUAUAUAGAUAUAUGUAUAUAUAAAUAUAUAUAUGCAUACAAAAAAUAUGUUUUAUAUGACAGCCUAUUGCCAAUGGGGUAAAUCAGGGGGUCUGGUUUUCAAGUAUUUAAUGCUGGACUCCACAGGAGCGCCUAUGGACGUGUAAAUAAAUGAGGUGGCGGAACCGUAAUUUAUUACAGGUCACCGACUUACAUCCAAAUUUCCAACAUGUAAAUGACAGAAAUUACAAUUCUAUAGCUUUAAAGGGAAGUUAUUGUUUAUUUUUCUUCAAGUAUUGUAAAUUGUGUAUAUGUAUAUAGCUUAUAGAUUUUUUUUUUCUGCCAGAGAAUACUUUACGUUUUAGGCUAUGAGAUGAUUUAUUCGCUGUAAAGCCUAUAUAAACAAGAAUUGUCUAAAUCCACUGUAUGAUUGCCUCAAUGCUACACUUUUACAGAAGGCAUAAAAGAGACUUGAAAUUAC